ACUGAUCAUUUCAAUUGACCGGUAUCUCACAUCUUAGAAAGAUGUUUAUCAACAGCCGGGUAUUUGCGUAUUACUUGGUGGCAAUUUUUAUAAUUGCAUCAACUCAAACUGGAUGCUGCAAUGGCCAACCAUUUAAAUACGAAACAAAGGAAUUUGAGGUGCCCGUGGAUCAUUUUAAUUUUGCUGUAAAUUCAACAUUUAAAUUGCGUUACUUGUACAAUGACUCGUACAUUGAUAAGCAGAGUGGAAAAACGCCAUUGUUCUUUUACACAGGAAACGAAGGUGACAUUGAAUCGUUAGCACAAAAUACUGGUUUCAUGUGGGAACUGGCUAAACUAUAUCGUGCCUGUAUAGUAUUUGCUGAGCAUCGCUAUUAUGGAAAGUCACUGCCGUUUGGUAAUCUAACAUUUAAUGUCACCCAAAACUAUGGUUAUCUGAGUGUGGAGCAAGCUUUAGAGGAUUAUGCCUGGUUGAUAGCAGAUCUACAGACGAAGUUUAAGUAUGCUCCUGUCAUAGCAUUUGGAGGUUCGUAUGGUGGCAUGUUGUCUGCGUGGUUUCGUAUGAAAUAUCCACAUUUAGUGUAUGGCGCAUUGGCAGCAUCCGCCCCCAUACGACAAUUUAAUGGUAUGACUGCAUGUGAUAUUUUUGCCAAAAUAACGACUUCGGUAUUUGCUACCACUUAUAAAAAUCGCACCUGCAGUGAUAACAUUAAAAAGUCUUGGGAUCUAUUUAAGCAAAUGGCCUCCACAGAUGAUGGCAAAAAGAAAUUGAGUACUGAAUUAGUGUUAUGUGAUGCCAUCAAGAACGAAGCAGAUUUAGACAAGUUUUUCGAUUAUUUGGAAGAUGUAUAUGGCAGUCUUGCCAUGGUUAACUAUCCUUACAGCAAUGAUUUCCUUAGUCCCUUACCAGGUUAUCCAGUGAGACAGUUUUGUUCAUAUUUACAAAAUUUGCAGACCGGUGACAGUCUUUUUGAGUCCAUGAAAAAAGCCAUUAAUGUAUAUUUCAAUUUUACCGGUACGGCCACUUGUCUCAAUUACAAUUCGGCCUUUGAUCCGGCCACUGUGGGUGGUGAUGCUUGGGACAUCCAGACUUGUAAUCAAAUGGUAAUGCCCAUGUGCAAUACUGCGGACACCAUGUUCCGUGUUAAAGAUUGGAACUUUAAAAAGGAAGCCGAUAAAUGUCUUGGCAAAUUCCAUAUCGAACCGAAAUUAAACGAUAUUACUAUACGUUAUGGUGGCAGAAGUCUUCGUGACACUUCUAAUAUAAUCUUCAGUAACGGCUUGUUGGAUCCAUGGAGUGGUGGUGGUGUUUUACAAUCCGACAAUGCCAACAUUUAUAUUAUUAUAAUACCGGAGGGGGCCCAUCAUUUGGAUUUGAGAUCUAGCAAUCCUAUGGAUCCUGCUUCGGUUGUGCAGGCACGUAAUCAGGAAUCUCAGAUUAUUGGCAAGUGGAUUGCUGAAUUUCAUUGGUAAAUUUUAGUAUAAUUUUAAAUAAUUAUUAUGCUUACAUUUAUUUAAAAAUUUAUUCAAUAUAAUGUAAUACAUACUACUACUAUUCCUUAUAAAUAAAUCGAUUUAAAUUUAUUACAACAGA